AUGUCCAAUAUGUCCGUCUUCACACGCGCCGAGGUCUCCGAGCACUGCACUGAAGACGACUGUUGGAUCAUUGUCGGCAACCACGUCUACGAUAUCACCAAAUUUUUGGAUUUGCAUCCAGCGGGACCCGAGAUUCUUCUCGAAUUCGCUGGCGGUGAUGCCACAGAAUCGUUCGAAUCGGUGGGACAUUCGGUGUGCGCCCGAAUGGCGCUCAACAAAUUCAAAAUCGGCACCCUUCCCGAAUCGGAGAAGCCCGACUUUGUGACCGCCGAGUACAUCACACACGCGAAAAUUCUUCUUCCAUCCAACUGA